AUGAUCAUGACCAUGGUGAAAUCAGCCGUAAAGAAGGGACGGAAAAGAUUGACUCACCAAGAGGAUCCGAAAAUUAGGGAUGGUGUUGUUAAACUUAGAGAGAAACUAACAAGCAGACAAAAACAAAGGCUUAAGAAGCGUCUACUAAAAUCCGAUGAACUUGUUGAAAAUAGAACGCCUCAAAAGGUUUUCGAGUCACCUGACAGUCUGCCUGCGACUCAAAGUGGAUUUUUUGAAAAUGAUGGUGACGAACUUAUGGUUGACGAUUUUGGACGUCUAUCGGAUUUGGAAGAUGAAGACAUUAAGACAAACGCGGAUUUUGUAGAACCUGUAGAUGAAAAAGAAGAUAUGAUAACCAACCUCACUUCCGAAGAUGCAGUUGAAAAGUCUGUAAUGGAUUCCAGUACAUUAGACCAACGCAUUCGGAACUGGCUUUAUAUUCUCUCCGAUUUCAAAAACAGAGCACCUGCAGACCUCAGUAGGAGUUUGUGUGUUCGAACUCUAAUAAGUGACUUAUGUUCUCGUUAUUCGUACAAUCAGUUCCUUAUGGUGAAACUUCUUGAUUUGUUUCCCAAAGAGAUUGUUGAGGUUUUAGAAGCUAAUGAAGUCGACAGGCCAGUGACCAUUCGCACAAAUACAUUAAAGACACGUCGCAGGGAAUUAGCUCAAGCUUUAAUAAAUCGCGGUGUAAACCUUGAUCCUUUGGAACCGUGGAGCAAAGUUGGACUUGUUGUUUAUUCAUCACAAGUACCAUUAGGAGCAACACCAGAAUAUCUUGCCGGUCAUUAUAUACUUCAGGGGGCUAGUUCUAUGCUUCCUGUAAUGGCCUUGUCUCCUCAGUUAGGCGAGCGUAUCUUGGAUUUGUGUGCUGCGCCUGGUGGGAAAACAACUUACAUUGCACAACUCAUGAAAAAUACCGGCACCAUUUUUGCAAAUGAAAUAAACCCCAAUAGAGCCAAAGCGCUGCUUGGAAAUUGUCAUCGUAUGGGUGUGACAAAUACUGUCAUCUGCACAGAAAAUGGGCGGAAAUUUCCAAAUAUUAUGUCGAACUUCGACCGAGUCCUCGUAGACGCACCGUGUUCUGGAACUGGUAUCAUUGCCAAAGAUCCUUCUGUGAAAACCACCAAGAGUAAUGACGAAAUUCAAAAGUGUGUGGAAUUGCAGAAAAGGUUACUUGUAGCUGCUAUUGAUUCCUGCAAAGUUGGAGGUUACGUAGUCUAUUCCACAUGCUCCAUAUUGUUGUGGAUAUUUAUCAUUAAAUCGAUCUGGCACACAAAAUGA